UACCCAGUUAUUUAAGCACGGUCACACUGUUCGACGCAAGGUAAUCUACGGCUACUUUGAAGCAAUCAUGUUGGUUAAGCACAUUGUCAAGCAGGGUCUUCUGCUCAAGAACGCUGGCGCCUUGUCGCGUGCCGCUUACCACGGUGGACAUGGUCCCCACUCCACCAUGAACGAUCUCCCCGUUCCCGCUGGAGAUUGGAAGGAGCAGCACAGCCAGAGGAACGCUAAGUACAACGCCGCGCUCAUCACUGGCAUCCUCGUCCUGGCCGGCACUAUUGGAUUCGUCAAAUCCUCCGGAAUUGUCUACUUCAACUACAACGCACCCAAGAGCCUGGACUAAGCUAGCUUACCCUUCGUGUACAUUAAUCCAAAAUUUGUGUUUAAUAAGCUUAAAGUGGCGAAAUAGUAAAUCACAGAUCUUAAAGUA